AUGGUCCCGACUAUACUGUUUUGUCUGCUGUCUUUUCAGUUUCAAUUACCUUUUGUUUUUCCUGCAAGAAACAUUUCUCUCAAGUGCAUGCAGGACACUGAUGAAUUCCUUUCUGACCUGAAUUCAGUGGAGCCCAAAGAAUACGCUCUAAGAAUGUAUGACGCCGUCGGGAAGCUUGGGAGCAAUAUUCUUAGCGGAAAUGUGGACAGGCUGGGAUCGUACAGUGAGUGUCUCACCACCCAUGCGCCGUCGGGCCGCUUCCGAGGGCAGUACUGCAAGCUUCAUGUCCUGCAGGAUGGCGCUGACUACAGCGUGGGCAUGUGUGUCCCUGAUUCUUGUGCUGAAGAGGAUGUGACUGAGAUGUCUCAGCUGGAUAUUUUAAGAUUCAGAAAUGCUUCAUUUUUGGCUCCUUCUCUCCCUCUCUUUACAAUAAAUUCUUCCUCCUCGUCUGUUGGGGGUGUGGCCAGAUGUGCUGCUGGAUUAUUCCUCCUAGACACGUUUGCUGCUGUGUGUCUGUUCCUCGCCUUGCUGGGCCUCGCCCUUCCUCUGGCUGGAACUGUCUAUGUGGCAGCCACCGGGUGGGGGUCAGACCGCAGGGCAUCCCCCGCAUCCGAGGCACAUCCGGCCACUUAUGGGAGUCUGCCUUUGAGAGAGACGGUGGGGAGUGAGCAAGGGAACAGAAUCCGACGGACCGGUUGCCUGGCUCAUCUCUCACCGUCAGGAACCCCGAGCAGAGGAAAAAGGUUUCUAGGAGCCAUCGACUGUGCUCUGAGAUGCUUUUCUUGGCAGAAGAACAUGCCAGCCAUCUGGACCACAAAGACGCCAGGGAGCACGUGCUCUGCCCUGAAUGGCCUCCGCGUUCUGAGCCUCCUCUGGAUCAUUUCGGGACACACCAGCCAGAUGACCGCGUGGCUGUCUUUGGAUAACGUCCUUGAAUGGAAAACCAGAGUGCUUACAAACCCACUGUACCUUUACUCGCGGGGUGGCCCGUUCUAUCUCGGGGUUGACACGUUUCUCCUGAUCAGUGGCUGGUUAAGUGCAAGAUCAUUUUUAAAGAUGUGUCAGGAUUCAGACGAAGGAAUAACCCCUAAAGUCAUACUCAGAUACUUUCUCAGUCGCCUUAUGAGGCUGCAGCCUCUUCACCUGUAUUCGGUGUGCUUGCUGGUUGGGCUGUUCCCCCUGGUGCCCUGGGGACCCGUCUGGGAAGUGCCCAAGUUCCACCUGGAGAACUGCCGACAAGCCUGGUGGACGAAUCUGCUGUUGCUAAACAACUUCCUGUCAGUCCAGAAGGCGUGCAAUGGCUGGACGUGGUACCUUGCCAAUGACUUCCAGCUCCAUCUCACCACACCGGUGAUCGUCUUCAUCCACAGAAAAAGUCAACACGCCCUUGUCCUCCUGGGGGCCGCGCUGUUCUUGGCAUCUUUCUCCGCCGCUGCUCUGCUCACCCUGGUUUAUGACCUCCCGGUGGCGGCUCCGUCGGAGGCAAGUGAAAACGCAGCCGGGUUGUAUUUCUCAGAGUACUACACCAAGCCCUACUGCCGACUCGGGCCGUUCCUCGUGGGCCUCUUUCUGAGCAUUUUCAUGCACCAAAACUACCAGGCAAACAUCCUGAAAACCAAGGUGCAGGCUCUGCUGGGAUGGGUUUGCUGCCUGUCUGCGCUGUUCCUAGUGGUGGCUCUGGCGUACGUGCUGGACGACACCUCCGUCUCCUCUCCAGCGGCCGCUGCUGGGUACCAGGCCCUCCAUCGGACCCUGUGGGCGGCGGCUGUGGGAUGGAUCUUGUUUGCAUGUCAGGAAGGCUAUGGAGGUCUGGUGAACCGGCUGCUUUCCUGCCAUCCCUGGACUUUCCUGGCCAGCAUCAGCUACGCCUGCUACUUGGUGCACCCCAUCCUCAUCCUCCUCUACAAUGGGCUCCAGGAGACGCUGAUUCACUACACCGACACCAACAUGUUCUAUCUUUUCUCUGGACACUGUGUGCUGACCUUCAUCGCCGGGCUGGCCCUGACGCUCUUCAUUGAGAAACCAUGUCAGGAACUGAGGUGGUGCCUGCUGGGAUCAGCGCCUGCAGGGCCAUGAACUUCCUGCAAAACCCACAAGUGUGGAUGGUGAGCAAAAGCAGGAGUGGCCUCAUUUACGUGAUGAAUGCUAGCGAUCCCAAAAGGGGCAUGAAACUGAUUUUGUGAACGUUUAAGACAUACAAGUUCUGUGUUUAAUACAUAAAAGCAUUGUGGGAUAAUCUGGUAGCACAAUAAUCACGCUCCAAUGUACCUUUUUAGCAAGAAACAAAAACCAAAAAUUCCCCCAAAACUGGAGUUUUGAGGUCUCAUCUUUUACGUUUUUUCUAUCUAUAAAUCUAUAUAUUCUAUAUAUCAGUGGUCAUAGGAGAGUAUCAAAUAUGGUGAAUUUAAUGUACUUUGGGUCAUAAUGCUCACUUUUCUCAGUAAAAUCACAGUAUGUCAUUUUUCACAUCAUAACUGUUUCUGUGUUGCUGGGAUACCUGUGUAGACUCGCUAUCCUGGAUGCUGUGACCCACUAGAGUGCACAAUUUGUGGAUCUGUCGCCAUAGGCCUUCCACACGUUAUCCGUUUUACAAUAUAGUCCAUGAUAUGAGUUGGAUUGUGUCCCCUGAAAAUGAUAUGAAGCCUAAUCUCCCUUAGAAAGCGACCUGAUUUGCAGGGAGGGUCUUUACAGAGACAAUCAAGCUAAAAGGAGAUCAUGGGGGUCAGAGGGUGGACGGCCUUAAUCCAGUAU